AUGGAUACACCUGGAUCCCAGUCCAAUUUGAACAGCAGCCUGUCCAUGCUGUCACUAAACGGCUCCAGGCUGUCACAGAGUCCAACUCUCUCCCCACCGUCUACUGGCAGAAUGUCGUGCGUUUCUUCCUUCUCUUCGCCUGGCCUGGCGAGCAAUGCGACCACAUUUCCAUCCUCACGAGUAUCCUCGAUGUCUUCAACCACUAUGAGCGACCUGAGCUUUGGUACUCCGAGGGUUCUAUCUCCACCGCUGUCUUCCACAGGAUUUUCUGCACACUCAUCCCCGCGGAAAUUUGCCCCGACCGACAAUGACAAAGCCACUGCCGUACGGCUGAUGAUGCAGGAACGGCAGAAACAGGGCAAGACUCACUCCAAACCAUUCUCAUCCAAAGAGUCGAGCCCUGUCUUGACGGAUAUCGUAUCCGGGAGACUGGAUAGACAACAAGGCGUGACUGCGGGUGUCGUCGAAGUCCUCCUUAACGACCAUGAUGCUAGUCUGUCCGUCGCCAAGCGAAGAAGCAGCAGCCUGUUCAAAAAGGUUGCGGGGAUCGAUCAGACUGACGUCCUUCACUCGACGGACCUCCUCAGCCAAGCUGUCCAGAACUGCGACGCGGACAUUGUGGCAACUCUGCUUCAGCAUGCGGACUUUUCUUCCAGGAGCAAGGCCUUGCCAGUGGCCAUGAGGACUAAUGACCCGGUCAAGGUUCAGUUCGUUAUGGCUGCAGGAGCGAAUGCCGCGCCUCUCUGUGAAGAGUUUCAGAACGUUGUUCAGUCGGGAUCCUUUGAGACGCUCCAUGCUGUGGUAGCAAUCUCGAAGACUCGACGGCCGUGCCAAAGCUGCUUGAACCUGGCCCUUCUCCACGCCGUCAAUCAGGGUUGUCUGAGAAGGACGCAAUCAUUGGUCCACAACGGCGCCGAUGUCACGUCGCAGGGCUCUGGGGCGUUGUUGUCUGCCGUCCAGAGCGAUCGAGCUGAUCUGGUCAAAGUGCUCACCACCGAGGUGCCCGACCAAGGCCCCAGGGCCUCGUCAGGAACUCUCGACAAUGCGGUAGAGCUGGCAUACCAGAGGUUCGAAGGCAGCCAACAGGUGGAAGCCCACUACCAUGUUCUUGAACUAUGCCUGGCAGCCGGAGCCUCUGGAAAAGGCACGUGUCGAACGCUCAUCAAGGCUAUUCAAAGCGGUCAGUUGAAUGUCUUGGAAAUCUUUGCAAGACAAAACGUCUCAGUAUUCAAAGAUGGGGAUGCCGGUACAGCAAUCAUUCACGCUGCCAUCUCCACAGAGCGGCCGGAAAUUGUCAAGACUAUUUUGUCAUUUUCGCGUGGUCCGAGCAGGACCCAAAAGACGCAAGGGAUCACGCGAGCUUUGGGAUUACAAAAUCAGGCGGCUGGGCUGGCGAUCGCCGGCCAACUGCUACAAAGCGGCCUCCAUGGGGACGUGGCAGUCUCCGAAGUCCUCGUGUCUUGCAUCCGGGUUUUAUGCACCUGUUCAGCUCAACUCCCUGUCCCAAUGGAAGCUUACCGGAGUUAUUACGACUUCGUCAAGCUGUUCUUGGGCCAAGGUGCCGCCGAUGUUGAUCACCACGGAGGGGAAGCAGUCCAACUGGCCGCAGGCUCCGGGCUGAUAGAUGUUCUGGACUUGCUAAUCCAGCAUCGUCCAUCAGUUUCUUCAUUAAGUAAAGCUGUCCCGCGAGCAAUCGGCGUGAAAGACGCUCGCACGAGAUAUGCUGCGAUAAAGAUGCUUCUCGAAACCGGGGCCCGCGGCCCUCCUGUCGAUGAGGCUCUCACACUAUCUGCGAAACUGGGCCAGGAACACGUCAACUUAACAUGCAUGAUCCUAUCCCACAGCUCUGUAGACAUAGCAUGUGGAAGACCACUUGUGUCUGCGGUUCGUUCAGGCUGUUUCGAACAGGUCCAGGCCCUCGUCAAACUCGGGAGACCGUCCCAUGCUACGAUCACUUCCGCGUGGACCGAAGUCCAGAAAGUGGCCGACGCCGAAUUCCAGAUGACGGUCUAUCAGCUGUUACUUCAGAGUGGGAAGGUGGAUCAAUCACUCUAUGACAAAGCUCUAGUCGGUGCAGCCGCCCUCGGCCACGCCGGAAAGAGUCUCUGCGAGCUGAUGUUGAAGUAUGGCGCUUCUCCAGCCCGGUUGGGAGGCCAGGCUAUGGCAGUUGCCGCCAAACACUUCUACGUGGACAUUGUCGAGCUUUUUUCUCGCUACGUCAACUCUCCCCAAAUAUAUGAAGAAGCUUUCGACGCUCUUACGGACAGUCCACGUUGGCUUAUGUCCGAUGGCAUUUCGGUUGCCAAGCUUCUGCUUCAAAACGGCGCCAGGGGCAAGGUGGUUGAGGCCGCAUUUUGCCAGGCAGCAAGACACCAUGUUAUGAAAGCAGUCGAGCUUCUUUAUGAUUAUGUCGGCUCUGAAGUCUUUGGUCUGGCUCUCCUAUCUGCCUCGAGCGACCCUGCCAAAGCGGCCGGUGAGGACGCGCUAGAGUUGAUCACCCUGCUCCUGGAGUCGGGUGCGGGAUCUGAGUAUGCCAAUGAAGUCCUUCUGCAAGUCGUCGGAGUCCAAGGAGUUUCCCAAGACAUCAUUGAGACACUGAUGACGGUUGGAGACGGGCAUGCCAAUGUCAACCAUCAGGACGGUGAAGUAUUGAAGGUUGCUAUCCGCCGCGGGAACCCCACCAUUUUGGACCACAUUCUCAACAUUGCCAUCCAAGCAGAGUGCUCUCCUUCUCGAGACUCCAUGACACAGGCAUUUGCGGAAACAAUAACUACUGAUCAGCUGAAGGACGACAACAUCAUUCUGCAGGCGCUUGAUGUAUUAGUGAGGCCACGGGAUGGAGCGCCUCUUCCCGAUGUCCAGGCUCUUGUCUCAAAUCGUGGAAGCUUGGCUCCGAUCUUCUGCUGCAUUAUGAUGCACCCUGACUCUCCCCGCCUUGUAAAAAGGCUUGCGGAUCUUGGGUGUGAUAUGGAGCCUGAGACAUACCUGCAUUUGUACGACGACGAGGAGGUUCAGGCUGAGCCGGCAAAUCCAUUGCUUUGGGCGGUCUGCUUUACCGAGAACCGGAUAUCUUCAGAUACGAUAGGUGCACUCAUCGAUAGUGACGGAGCUAAGGUGAACUACACUUCGGCGAUUUCGGGUGCCACUCCCCUAAUUCUCGCCGCCAAAUACGACCGUGGCGAUAUUGUCGCCAAGCUGAUCAAGAAAAAAGCCAGAGUCUCGGCAAAAGAUCAAUUCGACAGAUCAGCACUAUUCUAUGCAGCCCGCGUGGGGAACGUAGAUGCCAUCAAAGCGCUGAUCAAGGCUAAAUCUCGGGUCAACGACGGGAGUUUGCAUGAGGCCGCACGAAAUUUGCACAGCGACGCGGUUCAGCUACUGAGAGAAGCGGGGCACAGUCCCAACUAUCCAAGCAGCGACAAAUACCACGAUGGACGGGACGCAAUCCAGGAGCUGGCUUUGUUGGCACGGCCUACCAAGUCUCAGGCAGGCCAGCUUGAAGACACAAUCAAGUCACUCGCCACCAGAAUAGACAAGGAAGACAAGAUCGAGCUUCUCCGGGAUAUGAACGCUCCUGGCCACAAGAAUGCGAUUUUCCUCGCUCUGGACAACCAGGACGGCGGCUGCUUCUUAGUAUGCAAAGCUCUCCUGGACGUCGCGAUGUGGAAGGUCGUGAACAAGGAGACAAACACUUAUUGUGAGCUUGAUCCUGAGACAGGGGCACCCACAUACGUGUCCCCAACCAUGUAUCUCAAACUGGGCUGGUCCCAUGGCCCGGAGCAGCACAAGAAUGCCCUUUUGGAACUUCUGUAUCGCAUGCGAUGCCCAGACCGGUUCUUUGCUGAGGAAGGCCGGGAUCAGCCUGAAGAUGUUGUGGGGAUGCCGGAGCAUAUCGCCAAAGCCGAGCUCAAGCGUAAAGAACAAGAACACAAGUUGCUCCAAGAGGAGGAGAAGCAUGAAAGGAGCAUCAUCCGCAAGGCGCACGAGGCAGCGGUGCAACGCGAACUGGAGCGGCUCCACCACGAGGAAAAGCUGCUGCACCAGCGCGAGAUGGAAGAGCAGAAGCGGCAGCAGGCCGAGUUUACGCACAUGCAGAAGCGAAUGCACACAGCAGACAGCCACGGGCAGAAGCUGGAGAUGCAGGCUCAGAUGGCUCAGUCUCAGCAGCGGUGGGCCAUGGAGAAGGCCAAGUUCGAAGAAACGAAGAAGAUGAGGAUGAAUGCGUUGUCGGAAAGCAAGCUCCAGCGAGAACAGGCGCUAAAGAUGAACUUUGAGAAGAACAUUUCAGCCCAGAAGGAGGCGAGGCAGCGCAGGCAGAACAUGCUGGCUCAACAGGCGGCUAAGAGAAAGCUGGCAGAGGCAAAGAAGAUGCAGUCGCUGAAGACUUCGGGAGAGAAGCAGAAGUUGGCGUUCAAGAAAAAGCAGAACGACCAAAUGAAAGGGCUGAUGAGGGCACAGAUUGCGAACAAGCGACAAGGUCAUGAUUUGCAAAUGGAGAAAGUCCAUGCUGAUCAGCAGACGCUCAGGAUGAAGGCGGCCAUGAAAUAUUUUGACGAAAAGAACAGAAAGAGGAUCGGGGUGUAA